GGAGAAAUAUUAUUAGUAUUUGGAAUAGGGCCUGCAUUUAUUGAACCUUAUGAGUUUAAAUAUUUUAAAUUAAAUACAAGCGCCUCAAAAGAGUGGGUCCUAUAUGUCUUCUGUGUAACAUUGAUCCGAAUCACUGCCAUUAGCCCCUCGACUGCCAUUAGAGAAUGGGAUUCCUCGGCGACUGCAUUACUUGCACUUUGUGGCGUGAGUCAGGGUCAACUUGCAGUGCGUGAGCUUCGGGUUGUGUGCGCAUGGGUCUGGGAUUUUGGGUCUCAAAGUGACCAAUUGCAAGUCUCAUGUUUUAUUGUGCCGGCGAGGGCAGAUUUAUACAACUCACUUGGGUUUGACUGCCCUCUGCUCUGCUCGUAAAUGUUUUAAUUAAACCACUCUUUUUCGCUUUGCAGCCGCAUCGCGGCUACGAUGAACAUAACUUUUAACCAUAUAUAAGGCGGCAAUUGCGGUUGUCAAAUUAUCAGUCAACUUGUUCGCUUCAGCAGCACAACACAGACCAAGAACCAAAAAUCCUUAAACAUGUUCAAAUUGGUGGUGUUGUCUGCUCUCCUCGCCGUAGCUGUCGCUCGUCCCGGUCAUCUUUAUGAGUCUCCUCUGGUUUAUGCCGCUCCAGCUGCCACAACCAUUGUCCAGGAGCACUCUCUGGCUAAAGUGGGUUCUGUCGUAAGCAGCAUUCCCACAUCGGUGUCCCACCAGAGCCAGUCGGUGGUCCACAGCCAUUCGCAUGUUGUGGAGGACAUCGUGGCCCCGGUGGUGAAGUCCACUCCGGUGGUGAGCUAUGCUGCAGCUGCUCCAGUGGUGCACACCGCCUAUGCUGCUGCUCCCGUUGUUCACACCAGCUAUGCUGCCCCGGUGGUGCACACCUCCUAUGCCGCCGCAUCUCCAGUUGUCUACAACUCCAGCUGGUAAUCGGAAAACUUCACCUUUGGGGGCUCAUUGCAGCGAUCUGGACGGUUAGAAAAU